UAUUUUUUCCUGUGCGCCUUGCGCUGGAUGUCACGAAAUGUUAUUUUCUAUUGUUUGUGUUUUUUAUAAAAGUGUAAUGUUUAUGCUACUUCUAUCGUUCCAAAAAUUAAAGCUUAUUGAUGAGCAACAUUUCCUCGAUUCAAGAGCGGCUUCAGUUGAAGCGCGUUCCGCUUGAUAAAUGGUCAACAAAGGAAAAGUUAUGCUUGGCAUCAGCGGUGGCUUGUAGCGGUGAUCAGAACUGGAUGUCAGUGAGCCGUUCCCUCAAAAUGCUAUGCGGCGCCAAUCGUCCGGUCGAUUGGUUUUCACAGAAAUCCUGUGCGGCUCAAUACGGCAAGCUGUUGGAGAAUGUUGAAACUCCAAAGCGGAAAAAACGGACCGCUUCCGAGCGCGAUGGUGUGAUUGCAGUCGAGACUCCUGGUGAAUCGAUUUUGCGGAAGCUGUCCCAAGAAAGGAUUAUUGAACUGAAAAAAAUAAUCCAGGAUGAAGCUCAGCAGUACACAAAGGUAAAAGAAGAUAUUAUAUUAAUCCAAAGUGGUGUUACCGACGAAAAGAAACUUCGCGAAAUGUGGAAACAAAUAGAAUUGGAGAAAGCGCAAAAGGAAAAAGAACAAAUAUUACACGCGCAGUGGCUGAAAGAACGUGAAGAGAAAAAGCUGGAACUUGAACGACAGUGGAGGCCUUUGUACCCUAGUUCUCCAAGCUCUAGUAAAGUUGUAAGUGGCGGCAGCUUUAAAAUAAAGGAUGAAACAGAUGACGACAGUCAAAGCUCAUGCAAGUCAGGAACCUCACCUCUACUAACAUCUUUGCUUAAAAGCCCUGCUGCAACAUCGGGAAACUCUAUGCUGCAAACUUCCAAUAAUAAAACGACAUUAUCACCAACAAUUGUGAAUUUGCUGUCUAGCAAUUCACCUGCUAUGGUAAACAUACAAGCCAGAAACUUAUUUCCUUCCGCAGCGGUCUUAGGAACUCAGUCAUGUGAAACUGGCCAAUCUAUAUCUCUCACUACAGACAAUACUAAACCAGAGAAAAAAGAAACGGAAUCCAAUUUAAAUGUAACUAACUUAGAUGCAAGCAUGCAAGACACAUUUCCUGAUAAGUCUGGCGCAAUUAGUGCGCCUAAAGCGUUACCGGAAACUGAUCCCGAGAAAACCGAAGACAUGGAAACUGAUUCGGAUAAUGUUGAUCCUGCAAAAGAUUUGAUGGCCGUUUUUCAAGAAUUAAUGCCGGAAGAGCUAGAUGAAAUUUUAAACGAAAAUAACGGCAUUCUCGAGGAUGAAAUUCUUGAAAACGUUGUUGAUUCUAUAAUGGAAGAUGAGGUUAUUUCUCCAAAAGGAAAAGACAUAAAUGUUGUUUUGGAAGCCGCCAAUGCAAUUUCUAAUGAUGACAAUUUUGAUAAUCCAAAAAACGAGGAAAAACACAAGGUUUCUCAAAAUACUAAUGAGGUGGUAGCAGUUACUACGUCGUCGUCAAUCGUAUCUCCUAAAGAAUCUAAUAAUCUUCUAAAUAAUCAGGAAGAAGUUACACAAACUAAUUUUGGACAAUCAGUUAAAUCUACUGAAAUGAAUAACUGUGUCGAACGAGCUGAAGAUGGCGAAUCCAGCGAAUUCGGUGAACUAGCCAAAUCUAGUGAAACAGCAGAGCCCACGGAUUUAUCUAAACUAUGUGAUGCAGAAAAACAUAAUGAGUCCGUUAAAGUGGAAGAAACUCUCGAAAAUAAAAUUGCAGUGGAAAAAACAGAUGAUCAUCACCAAGGCGAGCAAGAACUUUCUAAAGCUGAAGAAAUCACUUGCGUUACGUUAGACAGUAGUAGUAAUACUACUUCUGAUUCCAAUAAAGAAGAUGCAAAUGCAUCCGCACCGUCGAAAUACGAUGUUAUUUCCGAAGUAAAACCUGAUGAAGAGGAUUCUGAAGAUAAACCGCUUGCUUCACUGGAUCCUGUUUCAACAGAAAACAAAACAUUAGAAAUCAAUUCUGAGGUUCUAGAUGAGAAAAUAGACGAUGAUGACUCCUGUUCCAGUGACGAGAAAUCCAACGUGUCUUCUGUUGAAGCCAAAGUCCAGGAAACAACGAAAACACUGACAGAAGAAGAAGAAGCUGCCCGAGCCAAGAAAGAAGCUUUAGAAAAGUUGGCUGCUGAAUACGAUUUUAAAGAUGAUGAAGAACCAAUUGUUCCUCUUUCGAUACAAAAAAGCAAGGAAGAAAAGCAUGUUCCCGAGGAAGAUAUUUUCAUGAAUGCUCAGGAACAUUUGGAUGAUGAGCCAGACGAAAAAAAGGAAACUGAUAUUAAAAUACAAGAGGACCCAAUUGUAGCUGUAACAGAUACUGACGAUGAUUCCUUGAUAGAGAUGAAAAUUUCCAAGACGAAAAGAGACUAUUCAAGGCGCCGCCCUAUUGAGGAACCGUCAAAAGUUAAAGAGGAUCAACAGACAAUGAUGAAAACCGAAGAAUCCGAAGGCAGAACUUUGAGAAAGUUGCGUGAUCGUGCCCGGGAUCGUGAUCGCUCGGAAAGUCCGUUUGUGUUGCUCGAAGAUGACAUGACAGAUAAGUUGAAACGUAGUUAUUCCUCAACUCCAGUCAUGGAUUCAGUACCCAGUUCUCCAGCGUCUAGUGAAGACAAAGACUACCGCGUUUGGAAGAAAGCAAUCACUUCGAUUCAUUCCAAAAUCUCAUCAUUGCGAUAUGCCUCUGCUUUUCUAAAGCCAAUGCCAGAAGAUCAAACGGUUGACAUCAUCUAUCGUCCAAUGGAUCUCUCCACAAUCAAAAGAAAUAUAGAAAAUGGCACAAUUCGUACAACAGCGGAUUAUCAGCGAGAUGUCAUGCUGGUUUGUACAAACGCAAUAAUGUUGAAUCGUACAGAUCUUUGUUCGCCAGCAGCAGCUCGCGUCUUGCUUAAAGAAAGUGUCGCUCUAAUCGAAGCAACGAUGGAAUCCAGCAGCAAACUAGUGCGGGAUAGAGAGCCAGAAAAUCGCGUAUCAAGUGUGAGCAAAAGGAUCUUCAGAAAGGGAACGACUAGAAGCUCAACGUCAAGUGCGCGUAAUUAGUAAUCUUUUCGAUGAUGGCUGAAUACUACACGAAUAAACAUAAGCGUGAUUAUUUCGAAGUACUGUUAUAAAUUAACCUAAUGAUAAUAUAAAAAGUUUUCAAUA